UCAGUCCCUCCCUCUCUCACUCGCGUUGUGUCCCUUGUCUUUUUCUCUUUCUCACAUCAAGUCGCACACAAAUCCUCUCGCAGUCUCCAGCCACGCGCCGGCUGCUUGUGACGACCUCGCUUUAACACACAGAUACAGAUACACACGGGUACAGACACACACUCACACAGAUCCUGCAGCAUUGCUCUCUGUGUUCUGGAUAUUACCUCUGACAGAACGCCAAGAGGAAGUGUUCUCCUGGAGCCAGCGAUCAGUGUGGUGUUGGAGAUUCCUGUGUUUUGGUUCCAGCGCUGUGUGUGUGCUGCACCUUUUUCCUGGAUUAGUUUUUAAAGCUUCUCUUCUUCUCCAUCACGCCGUCGCCCGCCUUCAGCAAAGCUGUUAGUGGAUUUAUCCCAGCACCAGUACAGCAGUGUGUGUGUGCGCGUAAGUGUGUGUACACAGGAUCAGCGGAUGGGUAACUUGGUUUGUGUGGCUCCAGCAGUAUUGAUUCCUCCAUUCUGAGCAUUCUGUCUGGUUGCUUGGACAACCACCACCUCGGAUCCUGCCCAUCUCUGCUCCAGCGUCUUCAUCCCAGGCCCCUGAGGGCCAGCGGGCAGCACUGCGGUCAUAGGGGGUCGCGGUGGUCCGGGGCGGCCGUCCGCUGCCCAUGUGUGUGAGGGGGAGCCGGAGAGCCGCUGGGCCUGGGAGAGAGAGGCCGGCGGGGGUCAGCGCAUGGAGAGCAGUGGCUGCAGCCCGUUCCCCCUGUGCUGGGCUCGGGGGGCCUGCGUCUACUCCUACCCACCACCUCUGCCAAAAUAUGACAGACACCUAGCACCCACCAAAGGCAUGGCAGCAGCUUACCUGGACCCUAACCUGAAUCAUGCCCUAAACCAAGGGGUGAAGCCCCGCUUCAGUGGUGGGAUGGAGCGGGCAGUGGGGGCUAUGGAACGCGUGCUCAAGGUCUUCCACUAUUUCGAGAGCAGCAGUGAACCCUGCACCUGGGGCAGCAACAUCAGGCAUGGGGACUCCACCGACAUCAGGGGUAUCAUCCAGAAGAUCGUAGACAUACAUAAGGUGAGGUGUGUUGCAUGCUUUGGUCUGCGGCUCAGCCACCUCAGGACCGGUGAGGUGCACUGGCUCCACCCGGACAUGGGCGUGUCUCACGUGAGGGAGCGCUAUGAACACAGUCAUCCGCAGGACGAGUGGAGGUAUGAGCUGCGGAUACGCUACCUGCCAAAGGGAUUUUUAAAACAGUUUACAGAAGACCAGCCAACACUAAACUACUUUUACCAUCAGGUGAGAAAUGAUUAUAUGAUGCAAGCAGCUGAUCAAGUUGAUCAAGACAUUGCACUUAAACUGGGUUGCCUUGAAAUCAGGAGAUUUUUCAGAGAGAUGCCUGGAAAUGCCCUUGAUAAGAAAUCAAAUUAUGAAUUACUAGAGAAAGAUGUCGGCCUGAGGAGGUUCUUCCCCAAGAGUUUGCUGGACUCGGUCAAGGCUAAAUCAUUACGGAAGUCUAUCCAGCAGACCUUUAAGCAGUUUGCCAACCUCAACGAUGAGCAGAGCAUUCUUAAGUUCUUUGAAGUCCUAUCACCAGUUUGCAGAUUUGAUAAAGAAUACUUCAAAUGUGCUCUUGGGUCUAGCUGGGUAAUAGCAGUGGAGCUGGCUAUUGGUCCUGAGGAGGGAAUCAGCUACCUUACAGACAAAGGCUCGGCUCCGACGCACCUGGCCAACUUUACCCAGGUGCAGAGCAUCCAUUUUGAGGAACAGGAGAAGAAGGGCAUGCUACAGCUGGAUGUAGCUGGAGCAGCAGAGCCUCUAACAGUGAAGACUCCAUGUCUGAGCACGGCGGAGAACAUGGCUGACCUGAUUGAUGGAUACUGCCGGCUUGUUAACGGAACCUCCUUGUCCUUCAUCGUCCGCGUGCAGAAAGAGGGAGAGAGAGCGUUGCCAUCAAUACCAAAAGCUCCAAAAGCCUCCAAUCAUGAGAAACGGCUACAGGGGGUCAGGGCCAGAGCCAUCUCCAUCUCAGAUGAGAUUAGUGGGGAUGAGACGGACGACUAUGCAGAGAUCAUAGAUGAAGAGGACGCAUACACCAUGCCCUCCAAGUACUAUGGACUAGAUGAAGCCAGGGACUAUGAGAUCCAGAGAGAGAGGAUUGAGCUGGGCCGCUGUAUAGGAGAAGGCCAGUUUGGAGAUGUCCAUCAGGGUCUCUACAUUUGUCCGGAGAGCCCUCCCCUCUCUGUUGCCAUAAAGACCUGUAAGAACAGCACAUCAGAUAGUGUGCGGGAGAAAUUCCUCCAGGAAGCCUUAACCAUGCGGCAGUUUGAUCACCCACACAUUGUGAAGUUGAUUGGUGUCAUCACAGAAAAUCCUGUUUGGAUCAUUAUGGAGCUGUGCACUCUGGGAGAGUUGCGGUCGUUCCUGCAAGUGCGGAAGUACGGCUUAGAUUUAGCUUCAUUGAUCCUGUUCUCCUAUCAGCUCAGCACAGCACUCGCCUACCUGGAGAGCAAACGCUUUGUGCACAGGGAUAUAGCUGCUAGGAACGUGCUGGUGUCGUCUAUAGACUGUGUGAAACUGGGCGACUUUGGCCUUUCCAGAUACAUGGAGGACAGCUCCUAUUAUAAAGCCUCUAAAGGGAAACUGCCCAUUAAAUGGAUGGCGCCAGAGUCCAUUAACUUCAGGCGCUUUACCUCAUCCAGUGAUGUGUGGAUGUUUGGUGUGUGUAUGUGGGAGAUUCUGAUGUAUGGAGUGAAACCCUUUCAAGGUGUGAAAAACAAUGAUGUCAUUGGCCGUAUUGAGAACGGCGAGCGGCUGGCCAUGCCUCCAAAUUGCCCUCCAACCCUGUACAGCCUGAUGACCAAGUGCUGGGCGUAUGACCCCAGCAAGCGACCCUGCUUUAAUGAACUCAAAGCACAGCUCAGCACCAUCCUCGCAGAGGAGAAGGCGCAGCAGGAGGAGCGCAGUCGGAUGGAGAUGAGGCGACAGGUCAACGUGUCCUGGGAUUCAGGGGGAUCAGACGAGGCGCCGCCAAAACCCUCUCGCAGACCCUCCCUGCAGCACAGUGUUAGCAUGGACUGCUUGUCUGCUGCUUCUGCUUGUCCUUCUCAGCUUUUUGGGCUUUUUGGCUCUCAGCUCUCACUCCGCUUCUCUCAGCCCCCUGCUGUCCCUGCACUAGCGCUGCACUCCCCCUUGCAGACCCCCAGGCAACCUCAUCAGGGGCCUAGGCUCCGGAGGAGGCCUUCUCUGCCCCCCAUGGAGUCCCGAACUGCCCACUACUCUGACCGUGGCCUCGUGGGGCCACCCAGCACUUUUAUGCGUCAGCCAAGCUUGAACCAACACCAACCUCACUGUUUUCUUCCACAGCCAAGCAGGCCUGGUUAUCCUAGUCCACGUUCCAGUGAAGGUUUCUACCCUAGUCCUCAGCACAUGGGUCAGCACAAUCAUUAUCAGGUUGGGGGCUACCCAGGUCCUCAUGGCAUGCCCUCGAUGCCCAGUGGGAUGUACCCUCCACAGGCUGCCGGGUUGGGCCUUGACCCCCACGACGGCUGGAACCACCACAGGGUCGCUCAGGACCACUCUUUGUGGAACCCCAACAUGGAGGAUAGUGAGGCGCUGAGGACUGGUAUGGGGGGUCCAUCUCUCCCUCCUCACCUGGUGGAGGAGCAGCUGAUGAUGCAGCAGCAGCAGAUGGAGGAGGACCAGCGCUGGUUAGAGCAUGAAGAGCGCUUAAUGAAACCAGACUUGAGGAAUUCCAGAGGCAGUAUAGAGAGGGAGGACUGCACUCUCCAGGGACCAGCAGGAAACCAGCACAUCUACCAGCCUGUGGGGAAAGCAGAUCAUGCUGUUCCUCCAAAGAAGCCUCCUCGACCUGGAGCCCCCACCCAUCCAGCGAGUGCGGCCUGUCUGAACCCUGCUGACAGCUACAAUGAUGGAGUCAAGAUCCAGCCUCAGGAGAUUAGCUCUCCCCCUACAGCUAACCUGGACCGCUCCAAUGAUAAAGUCUAUGAGAAUGUGACGGGGCUGGUGAAGGCUGUGAUCGAGAUGUCCAGUAAAAUCCAGCCGGCUCCACCAGAGGAGUAUGUGCCAAUGGUGAAGGAAGUAGGAUUAGCACUGAGGAAUCUACUGGCCACAGUGGACGAAACGAUUCCCUUACUUCCAGCUCACACACACCGAGAGGUGGAGAUGGCUCAAAAGCUGCUGAACUCUGACCUGGCUGAGCUGAUUAAUAAGAUGAAGCUUGCACAGCAGUAUGUGAUGACCAGUCUCCAGCAGGACUAUAAGAAGCAGAUGCUAACAGCUGCUCACGCGCUGGCCGUCGACGCCAAGAACCUCCUGGACGUGAUCGACCAGGCCAGACUGAAGAUGCUGGGUCAGGCGCGGCCGCACUAGCCCCCAUGCCUCAGCCUGGUGUCUCCCCCACAGCAUGGAGGGGCUUCUGCUGGACUGAAGUGCACCCGCAGCAGGCAGGCGCCCCGCCACUCACCAGCACGGACUUCUGUACUAGAAUUCACCGUACGCUCACAGGCUCCAUGCUCUCACUCUAGCUUGCCUCCAGGUGCCAGGAGCUCUGAGGAGCUCGGCAGGGUCUGAUGUGAAGGAGCGGCUGGAUCGGUUCUGCCAGCACUGUCAGGAGUGCCCAUAAUGGGACUGUCUGCCUGGGACUGCUGUAUUGUACUAUGAGAAGAAGGCCUACAUUGAUGAAAAGCCACUGGAAUGGAAAUCCCGAGCUGUUGUACAGGUCUCUGGAGAACAGAAGACAUCUUCACACUGUAUCUACAAUUCUGUAUCUCGUCGGCAAGACUUUGCUCCACAGCUAGACUGAACAAAAUCUAGAAACGCCUUCGCACAGGCUCUAGAACACUCAGCAGUGUUGCGUAACAUUUAAGUAUGUAACGUUUCACUGUGUUCUGUCUGGAUGUGCAGCAAGGGCUUCCUCUGCCUCUCAAGGACUCAGAAAGAGAGGAUUGUACAGUUUGGCCAUGUGCCACCUAGGAUUAAAAUAAAGUUAUGACUGAAAAUAAAAGCAAAAA